CACAAUCCUCUGGGUGAGGGCUGGCACCCGCGGGCAUCCCUGUCCUCACAGUAAGAACACUUCAGCUACCCCCGGGAAUCGCUUUUUACCUGGGAAAUUGUUUCAGUUUUUUUACCCACACCGAUCGUGUCUCUAGCACAGUUCUUCUUGCCAGGAAAAGUACUCUCUGCUUAUUUGCUCUUCCUUGCUUUUAGCUGGACUGUCCCAUUGAACCUGCAUUUGCCCAGUCAGCCGCAAUCAUGUCACGAGCGGCAAAGUACCAGUGCCAGGUGAGCGAAGACCCGGACAUUGACAAUUUGUUGUCUACUUUGUCCCCGAAUGAGAUGGAGCAGCUGCAGAAAGAGCUCGACUCGGGGGACCCAGAUGCAGGAGUCUCGGCGGAGCUGAGGCGCGAUCAAACAGAGAGGGUAUCCUGCCAACGGGAAGCGGUGAGAGAAAGGGAGAACAAGAAGUUGGCCCAAAGGCAAGCAACAAGUGAAAAGGAAAAAACUACAGAGAAGGUUAAGGAUAAAAAAAUUCAAGAAGAGAGCAAAGAGUCUCGUACCAACGACCAAAACAGGACAAAAAAACUGGAAGAGCCAAAAGACACAAAAACCCAGAAGAACGACCUCAAAAAAGAAACACAGAGACCAAAAGAUGAUCGUGUUUCCAAGAUGAGAGAGAGAUUCAGACAAGACAGCACAAUGGGCAAAGAAAAGCCUGAAAAAAUGUUAUCUAAAAAACCCAGUCAAGAGAAAGUCAUAAAAACCACAGAGAAAGAAAACACAGAGUUAAAAGCUGAGAGACAGGUCAGAGAAAAAAAAGAGAGAGAAGAGAAAAAGAAAGAGGCAGAAGAAAAGCCUCCAGAAAAAUGUCAGGUGCCAGAAAAGUCUUCAAAAAAGACAGAGAAAGUUGAGGGUCUGUCAAAUGAUAAAAAAGUAACAGGGAAGAACCUGCCAAAUGAGGAAAACAAGAAAAGUUUUCAGCAGGAACAGCCUGUCAAGAAGCCUGAAAAUGGAACACAGAACCAGUCCGAAGAGAAUAAAGAAGAUGAGUCAUCCAGUAUUUUUGAAGAGCUUAUGGAAAAGGUUAAAAAUAAUGAUCCAGAAACGACAGAAUUAAACCUUAAUAACUCUGACUGCAUCACUAUUGAGACACUAGUGAGCUUUACAGAGGCCCUUGAGUUUAACACAGUGGUUAAGAUUUUCUCUUUGGCCAAUACCCGGGCUGAUGAUCACAUAGCUUUGGCCAUUGCUAACAUGCUAAAGUCGAAUAAGAUCAUCACAAGUAUCAAUCUGGAUUCCAAUCACAUCACAGGCAAAGGUAUCUUGGCCAUCUUCAGAGCCCUUCAGCACAAUGACACACUGAUAGAGUUGCGCUUCCACAAUCAACGGCACAUCUGUGGGGGGAAAACCGAGAUGGAGAUUGCUAAGUUGCUUAAAGAAAAUACCACACUGUUAAAGCUAGGGUACCACUUUGAGCUUGCAGGGCCCCGUAUGACUGUCACAAAUUUGCUGAGCCGCAAUGUGGACAAACAGAGGCAGCGCAGGCAAGCAGAACGAGCCGCUCAGGCAGCAGAUAAAAAAAUGACAAAUUGCCUUGAAGUGCCAAAGAUCAACAUGACUCAGAAAACUAGCCCAAAGUACUCACCACAGUCCUCUCCUAUGAACUCUCUGAAAAGAACUUCCAAAAAAAAUGAGGUGCCUGCUCCCCCUCCACCACCCCCGCCCCUUGCUCCUCCUGCACCUCUUGCACCACCUCUUGAGAAUAUUAGAAAUUCACUCUCUCCUGCCUCCCAAAGAAGAAUAGUGGAGAAAACAGAACCUUCAGAGAAAAACUCUAGGGAUCAGCUCUUGGAGUCCAUCAGAUCCAGCAAUAUCAAACAGCUUAAGAAAGUGGAAGUGCCUAAAUGGUUGAAGUAAAAAGCAUCAUCCUGUGCCUCACCACACCAUGGAUCUUAGAUUGCUGGCUUAAUAAAUCCUGGCAUAUUGAGGCAGUACUUUGGACAUUGAUAGAUGAGUGAUCCAUU